GUCUGACUCACUCUCUCUCUAGAAAAUGAAACUAAAGUCUGAUAUUUCCAAAUAGGUAUAUAAUUGGGAGGGAUUCAUUCAAGACACUCCUUUCACUUGUUUUUGUUGGAUUUAUUAUUCAUCCAUGGGUUUCUUCUUCUUCUUAUCAAGAAUCAAAUUACAGAUGAAUCUGUAACUUUCUUCUUCUUCCUUCCUUAAAUCCUGCAACAAUCAACAAUUUCUCUUUCUCUCUGUACAUGUUGUUGCAGCAGAGUACUGACUGACAACACAUGAGUCUGUUUUUUUUUUCUUUGUUCAGCUAUAAACUCAACCACUUCUCUUUGAACUCUCAACCCCCAAUUUGUAUUUUUUAUAGGUAUCUUCAAUUCAAAGUUUCAACUUUUUAAGGUUUUCUUUUUUUUUGUUGUUCAUGAUUUUGGGGGAAAUGACAACGGUAAUGGAGAAACAAGAACAAACCCAUGUUGAUAUAGAACAACAACAGCAGCAGCAACUGUCAAAUAGAGGUCGUUCUUCUUCUGCUGCUGCUGCUGCUUAUGAAGAGAGUGAUGGAGGUGCAAGUGAUGGAAGUUUAAGUUUUUCAGAUGCAGAAGAUCAUAGAUCAUGGCAUUCUCCAUAUAAUGGAGGUGGUAGUGGCGGUGGCGGUGGUGGUAAUUCUUAUGUAGAUUGUGAUAGAUUAUCUAAUGUGUCUGAUCUUGAAAUUGGUACAGUAAUUUCUGAACAACCAAACAGAAACUCAUCUGUAUCUUCAGAUCGUGGUUCAGUAGUAGAUUUAGAAUCCGGUGGGGGUAAUGAUGCUCCAGAAAUCAAUAAGGCGGUGCAGCAGCAUUUACCAAAAGUAGUAGUUGUAGUUGAUAACAGUAGUAAAGAUUGUAGAAUAUGUCAUCUUAGUUUAGAUAGUACUAAUCAAGAGUCUGGCAUUCCUAUUGAACUUGGUUGUUCUUGUAAAGAAGAUUUAGCUGCUGCUCAUAAACACUGUGCUGAAGCUUGGUUCAAAAUCAAAGGCAACAAGACCUGUGAAAUUUGUGGGUCAGUUGCACGGAAUGUAGUUGGUGUAAAUGAGACUGAGUUCAUGGAUCAGUGGAACGAGACAAGUAAUACCACUGCAGCAACUCCUGUACCAGCUACUGAGACCAGAAGCUUUUGGCAUGGUCACCGCUUCUUGAAUUUCCUACUUGCCUGUAUGGUAUUUGCCUUUGUCAUAUCUUGGCUCUUCCAUUUCAAUGUGCCAUCAUAAAUUUUUAUGGCGAAGUUAUGGGGAAGGUCACAUGGAUCAUACAUGUGAUGAGGGAUUACAAACAACAAGGGAAUUCCUUCUUAAGUCUGCUUGUUGUACUUUAUAUUCAUGGGUAUCUCACCCCAUUUCUGGAUCCAUCGCUAGCUAGAGUUGGUCAUAUUUAUACUUGUAUGUUUUUCAGCUUAUCAGAAGUUAGGAGCAGUCGGUGGUUAUUCUAUAUAUUAUAAAUUGUAAAAUGUUGUCUCUGUGUUACCGGAACAAGUAUUUCGUUACAGUUAAUGUUAUCAUCGCUCCAAUUCAUCUGUAUAAAGCUGUAAAAUGUGUUU